GCGUACCUUCGUAGACUGUUGUCUUCGCUCUCUACCUCGUAUAACUUCUACCGAGUAACUAGCAAAGAUGGGAAAGGCGGGCAGAAUAGCUUGCAUCUUCACGCCAUGGGCGUUGACCAUAGCGUCCUUCGUCUGCCUCAUCCUAAUCGAAGUCUCGGGCUGGGGCUCAAAAGGAACCUUCAACAGUUUCUACUUCAUGGAAGCGAACUUCACCAACCUCACCACAGCCUCCGCAAGUACGCUUCAGAACACCACCACCCUCACCGCCGCACUAGAACUCGCGAAGAGCGAGGGUAAGCUAUCGGAGAUCUACCAGGUCCAUCUCUGGAAUUACUGCUCGUCCAAGAGCAGCGACGGCGACAUCGACUACUGCUCACCGAAAACUGCGCACUUCUACUUCGAUCCAAUCGCGAUAUGGGCGUUGAACGGCAGCAAUGCUACGUCGACAUCAGGCUCAGGCUCCAACACUAACGCAAUUACGACGGAGUUGUCGAAGUUGCAGAAUAACACGGAGAAGUUGGAGAACGAAAUGCUAGGCAAGAGCGGUCAGGCGGCGGUGGAUGCAUACCGGCACGUGGCAAUAUGGAUGUUCAUCGCGUAUGAGAUAUCAUUCUGGACCACGCUGGCCACGAUAGUGUGCGGCAUCUUGGCCAUCUUCAGCCGCAUCGGCAGCUUCUUGACAUGGCUGUGCAGCAUAGCCUCAACUCUAUUCACCUUCGCCGCAGUCCUCACCAGCACUAUCCUCUUCGCCGCUCUAACGGGCGCCCUACAAGGCAUACUGCACCCCUACGGGGUCAAGCUUUCACUUGGCACCCAAGCCUUGACCGUGACCUGGCUCGCCGUAGCAUUCUCGCUGGCAGCGACACUGUUCUGGCUAUUUAGCGUCUGCUGGUGCUCCGGUCGCAGCAACCCCCAUCACCGAUCAAACAAAGGUGGGCUCUGGAACGCCGAGCCGAAGGGCCAAGGCUACGGCGACUACAGUCGCGGCCGCGGUCUUCGCGUCGAGAAGACCGGUGGCUACGAGAGGGUGUCGAGUCCAGUUUGGGGUGGAGCCGAUGUGCCGCUGCAUGAUUACUCGCAGAGGGGUCAUUCGAGCAACCCUAGUGGAGCGUUCGAGUCGAUGAGACACCAUCAGGGCGCGUAA